CUAAACCCUGGUCCAGUGUCGCGAAAUGGCUCGGUCGGUCGGUCCAUUGACUGGUCGUUGGUCAGGAGGUGCACAAUGUGAUGCGUACUCGGGAGGUGCUCGCUGUAAAUUCUUCUCGUUCUUUUGCAGGUAUGCCAAAAAGGAUGAUCCAGAAUCAAGCAAUCUGUGGGUGGAGCACCGGUGCGAAUAUCAGUCGCCUAUUGAGGAGCAACUCUACGAACAAGAGUACGCUCGUUGCCCACAAGGAGCAAACAUCUGGAGGGACGUAUUGACGCUCGACAAGAUUGUCCAAGAGGAUGAAGAGGAGAGAGCUUUAGUGCAAGAGCUCAACCGCCAAUACCAGGAGCAACUAGCAGCCGAGGUGGCCAAGAAAAGCAAGAAGAAGAAACUACCCGAACCUGCUGCCGAUGCAGCUCAACCUCCCGACCCAGCUGCAGCCGCCACGCCUCAGCUUGUGGCACCCCCUGUAUCAUAGCACUCAGAGAGAUGAUGGCUUGGCACUGAGUGCUUCGAGUGGCUUGGAUGGCAUAUGCUUAACAAACUUGUCUCCCUUCUACUGCUUCCUUGGCAUGAAAACUGCAUUGUAAACAUUCACCCAAUAUUGUGCCUCCUGGAAAAUCUACACCGCGAGAGCCAAGAGAAUUGAAUCAAAAUCUUUACGA